GUGUCUACAAUCGGACCUUCAUACCAAAUAUGACAGUUGUCUGAAACACCCACAACACGAACAUUUUAUCCCUAUUUUCCUGCUCAGCGUCAAUAAUAUGCCAGAAAACUUCCAGCAACCUAGCUGGGUUAAACUCAUCAAACUGAAAGGCGUUGAUGUUGUUCGGUUAACUGUUGCGCAGACCAGUGAUACUCGGCCAGACGAACUAGGUUUCAGAGGAACAACAGCUGUUCGAUUUGGUACAGGGACGGCUUUUGUACAUAACAUGGAGCAAACCGAGUUAUGUGGAUGUGCAGUUGGAAAUUCCGGACAUCUUUGUAGUGGGGCCUUUCUGGUAAUGACGGCGGCUCAUGUUGUUUAUAAUGAUUACGAAGCUAGAGCAACCACUGUAGAUUUUUUCUAUGAUAGCAUGGAUGUGUCCACAAUUGUUAGGGCUUGGGGCGUGCGAGUAGUGACCGUUGAUGUGGACAGAAACCGGUCUGUCGUCGAAUGUCGGACACAUGAUCUUAAUUUGUGUCAUACGUUAAAAAAAGCCCAAAACGAACGAAACAAAAUUAUAGAAACAGAAUUAGAACCUGCAGUUGGCAGUUCCCAAAUGGCUGUAAUAAUAUCCCACCCUCACGGUUUGUGUAAACAAGUAUCUUUUGGAAACUUAAAAACAAAAGAAUUGGUGGGCGUGGUCAAGACAACUAAAGACGGUAUGCAAUUGGCUGAUUGCCUACUUACCUACGACACGCCUACGUGUCCUGGGUCGGGGGGCGGACCCGUGAAUGUAAUGGGAGGCGGGACUGUUAGUUAUGCUUUCGCCCCUCACUGCGCCUCUAAAGACAGUGGCGAAAACUUAAGUGGACUUGGCUGGGCGAGGGUAAUUUGA